AUGGGCGACACCCCGCAAGAGGAGCCCGCUCCCGUCAUCAAAAUCAGCGUGAGGCAAAUCCGCAUGCUUUGCAGCAGCAGCAGUAAUCAACUGACAAUCCCCAGUGCGUCGAAUGCAGACGGCUCAAGCGCAAGAUACCUCGCCGAGGUCAAGGAGCGUGUCGCCAAGCUCGAACGUCUGCUCGCCGAGCAUGCCCCGCAGGUCUCCCUCGACGACCUCGGAGGCCCGCUCUCCCCCGCCGCCGACGUAAAGGACGAGCCCGACCUCCCCCACAAGCCCCCGCACGGCGCUAAGGAUGCCGGGGGCGGCAGCGGCAGUGUCAGCUCUUCCCCUGUCUCCCGGUUCCAGGACUACCGUCAGCCCCCGACCCCUCCCGCAGCCGCAAAACCGCGGCCAGAGCGCAAGCCCGAGUCGCUCCGCGAUAACCGUAUCGGCGUCGUCGAGGCGCACGAGAAGCAGCCGAAAAAGGCCAGCGGAUACGAGUGGAACGAGCGCGUCAGCGCCGCCGAGAAUGACGGCACGGCAUGCCUCAGCGUCGAGCCCAACGGAGAGGGAUACUUGGGCUUCGCUGCUGGUGCGACUCUCCUGCGUAUCCUGCAAGGCGCUGCUGGACGCCAGGGCGGACUCGACUUGUCGGUGUCGCCUCGAUCCGAGCCCGAGCCGCCACUCGGCUGGGCCCCGACGCACGGCGAGACGCAGCGCUGGGUCGAUGCCUACUUCCGACACUACCACUCCCAGUACCCGAUCGUGCAUGAGCCGACGUUCCGCGCUCAGCUCUCCGAGGUCAUCCCGCAGCCGCCGGCCGCGCAGUGGAUGCUGCUGAUGAACACGGUCAUCGGACUCGGCGCCUUCACGGCCGGUGCGCCAAUGUACGCCGUUGACUACUUCCUCGAGCAGGCCAGCAGUGUGAUUUCCGUCGACCUGCUCGAGACGGGCUCGCUCGUGCUCGUGCAGGCGUACACGCUGCUGAGUAACCUCGCGCAGAAGCGCAACAAGCCGAAUGCGGGCAGCACGUACCUCGGUAUCGCGGUGCGCAUGGCCAUCGGCCUGGGACUGCAUCGCGAGCUGCCGAUGUGGAACAUUCCUCCAUUCGAGCGUGAGGUGCGCCGCCGCGUGUGGUGGGUGCUGUACAUCUUUGACUCUGGCGCAGCGAUCACUUUUGGCCGACCGAUCGUGAGUUUUUCGCCGACGGCUCCCAAACUGACCAUACAGCUGCUCCCGUAUGGCGAGGCGGACGUGCGUAUGGUGCACAACGUGCCGGACCGGGACUUUACGCGGAAGAGUGCGCAUGUGCCGGCAGCCUCCCGCGGCGCGACAGUGUACUCGUCCCUGAUCUGGCAGUCGCACUUCUGCAUGAUCGGCAACAAGUGCUAUGACCGGGUCAUUGCGUCUCCGCCGCCGACGGCCGAGGAGUGCCUCGAGCUGGACCAGGAGCUGCGCGAAUGGCACAACGACGUGCCGAACUGGAUGACGCGCACGGCCACGCCGGAUAUGUUUGACGACACGCCGUGGCUCUACUUCUCCGCCCACAAGCUGUACUGGCGAUACUGCAACUUGCGCAUCAUCCUGCACCGCCGCCCGUUCCUCGACCGUGCGCUGAAGCACCAGUCGAUCGCGGACAUGACGUCGCCCACGACGCUGGAUCAUGGGUUGGCGAUGGAGUGUUUACAGGCGGCGCUCGACACGAUCACGGAUAUCCACCAGUUUAUGCUUAAUGGGGAGCACACGAGGUUGGAGGUGUGGUAUGCUCUGCACUUCCUGUUCCAGGCCUGCUUCGUCCCUCUCAUCGCAAUGUGGACCGACCCGGCAUCUGCCGAACGCCCCCUGUGGGCCGAAAAGGUGCGCGAGGCGCGCGAGACGAUGGCGCGCGCCCAGGACGACCCGCUCGCCGAGCGCUGCAUGGCCAUCAUGGACCAGGUGACGCCGAGCGACGUGGUGCCCGGCGGCGUCGGCCCGCCCGUUGCGCAGAUCCAGGACAUCUUCUCCGCCAACCUGUGGCAGGGGACCGAGUUCCCAGGCGAGCUGAUUCCGUUCGCGGACCUGGCGACGAUCAUGAGUGUGUGGCCGGCGGGAGGGAAUUUGCAGUGA